UUCUGUCCAAGGGCCUCCCUCUCCCUCUGCGCUCUUCCGUGGGAUCCCAGGAUGGCAGCCCACGGCGUGGCAGGGCCCGAGUCGGAAGAUCUCGAGCAGCGCAUCCAUCACAUCAACAAUGAGUCUUUGGAAAGCACCAGACGGAUGCUGCAGCUGGUAGAUGAGAGCAAAGAUGCUGGGAUUCGAACUUUGGUUAUGCUGGAUGAUCAAGGGGAGCAGCUGGACCGCAUCGAGGACGGCUUGGACCAGAUCAUCCAAGACAUGAAGGAAGCCGAGAAGAACCUCAGCGACAUGGCCAAGUGCUGCGGCCUUUUCGUCUGCCCUUGCGCCAAGUUGAAGAACAUCAAGGCCAUGGAGGCCAGCAAGGCCGCGUCCGGCAAUGCCCAGGACGUGGUUUCGCAGCAGCCCAUCAUGAUGACGGCGGGGACCCAGAUGAUGAUGAGCGGCCCCUUCAUCCAGAGGAUAAUGAAAGACGACGUGGAGGAUGAGAUAGAGCAGAAUUUGACCCAGGUGGACAGCAUGCUGAGCAACCUGCGCAGUAUGGCGGUGGAUAUGAGCAACGAAAUCGAUGUCCAGAGCAAGCAGGUGGACAAUAUCAAAGAGAAGGCCAUUGCCAACGUGAUCAGCAUCAACGAAGCCAACAACCAGACCACCAAGAUGCUCAAGAAAGCCUGAGGCCACUUCCGCCCCUCGCUACCCCUGCCCCACACCUUCGCAAAAUGCAACAACCGUUACCGACCUCUUCUGCCCUAAGCUCCGGAGUGGGUUCGUUCCAACCCGAGCGGUUUCAAUCAAGUUUCCUGUGUGAAUCUCAUCCAUUUUCCGAACCAACAUGCAUGCUUAGAGGUUGCUAAAGAGCCGCCCAAGUGAACGGCAAGCCUUUAGACCGGGGAGGGGCCUAACCCAAGCUUUGGCUCUGGUGGGGUCACGCCUCCCCUGGCUUUCUCUGUGCGUCCGCAAAAGAAGCCACAGAGCCCAAUGUUCGCCUCUUUAGCGGCUAAGGUGGCAAACCGGAAGCCCCUUGCUGGAGAGCACAUCCCGCUGACGGAGGAAGGAACCGUCUCUGGAUAGACUGGGACCGAUUUGGCUGCUUCGGUGAUUCCCCACGGGGAAGAGCUGGGAGCUGCUGUUUUUCAGCCAGGUGGGAAAAUAAAGGGCCACGCAAUCUGGCUGAGCGCAGCCCCGAAUGUUUCUGAGUGGGGAGCGGGAGGCUACAGAGCCUGGCGAGUUGAAGAGCCUUGGAGGGAAGCUGAAGGUCCUCCGUACGGAGACGGGGCGAUCGAUCGUAGCGAGAGGCAGGGAAAGAUCUCCUCUGGGGCGUCGACCCGACGAUGCGGCCAGAGGUGCGUCCGUAAAAACGAACGCCCCAGCAGGUUGAUUUGUUUAUUACGCUUCGCCCAGCCUUCCCCAAGCUGAGGUCCCCCAGGUCCAUCCCAGGCAACAGCAGCUCUAGGCUGACCCAUUGACAGGGCCCUGGACCGGGGAAGGUUGGCCCGGCCCGGCCCGGCCUGGCCCAGCAGCGACUUUGGCCUGACCGUGCCGACCAGACCGAGGAGACGGGCCUGGGCCGUAAAGCGCAAGACGGCACCCUCAGUGUCCAGCCCGCGCACACCUGCAAAUGUGGCUUGGCUUACAUGUCGCCGUGGAUGUCAACGUGCCUGUUUCUGUUUCUCGUUUCGUUUCUAAACCUGUCCUGACUUUGAAUGUGAGUGAUGGUGCAACAAAGUGGGUUUUAAAGUCCAGGCAAAUCAUUCUGUUUGUUCUGUUGGUUUAUUCGUGUUUCCACACGGGCCGGGCACACGCGCGCUGUUUUGAAGAACGCUUCCUUCGGCCUCUGCGGGUCUGGCCAUUCCUCUCCCCCAAACAGCCUUUCCUCUUCUCUGCUUCCGGGGGCUUUAAGCAGGAGCAGCAGCAGGGGACGGGGAGGGGGGCCGGGGG